CUUGUUUCCAUUCAUUCCGUUCGGAUUCAUUCGAUACUUCGCUGCCUAGAAAGACGGACGUACGUCGGUAGUGGCCGCGUCAGAGUUAGUUAGUAGUGUGCUGCGGGGUAGUUAUAGGUUAAAACAACUCAUACAGGAGGCUGUGUAAAGUGGUUUUAUUGGGUGGUCAGUGUUGAAGAACAGUGUUUUUCUUUGGUGUACAGAUUUCAAGAGUUAUUCUCCGGCAAUAACACGAUCAAUAGACUUCAUCGUGCGAAGGGACUGCAAGUGACGAACCUGUGGAACUGUGUUGCGCCUCUUAGAGGAACCGCCGACGGUAUCGAAGAAAGAAAGAUUUCGGUAAGAGGAUUAACGCAUGAAGUUUAAUGUUAAAAACUAGAAAACUACAUACGUAAAGACUGCUCGAUCGAUCCACACUAUUUGCUGAGGUUUGAAUUCUUCGUAAUACUUUUCGGCAAGUGCUCCUAGGAACGUGACCGUACUACCAUUGGCACCACGAGGACAGAAGAAUGACCAGCACCUCACCGAGUGCUACUGUAUCACCCUGUAGAGUAGUGUUGCUGUGAGAAAACAGUGGAAACGUUUACAAAGGGUGCUUGCUUACCCACCACGCAAACCCCCGCACAAAGUAGAUGUUAGAGCUAAAGUUAAAUCGAAAAGCGUCCAGAAUGGCACGACUCGUGGCAUUGGUGGCACUUACCGGAUGUCUAGUGUUGCUCGCUAGCCAUCCACCCUCUGUACAGGGCCGUGUGAUCGUACGGCGCCAGGCAGAAGAACCCAUGACAACCGUCCUACCAAACGACGCUCAAACGGCAGCGGACGACAUGCAGGAGUUGACAACCGUGCCUCCGAACGAUGAUAACGCGGCAAACAGUAAGGUGGCGACAACUCCACCACGACCCAACGAUCGGUUCGAACAGUUCCCGGCAGAUGGUAUGAGCUCGGACAGUGCGACGCUCGAACAGCAGUCGGCCGAUGGGAGUGCGGCGGAUGAGCCUGCGUCCUCCCUGUCGGACACGGCCGAACAGCUGUCCAACGAUACGGACGAGGAGGCGAGCGUAUCCGGAACUACGUUAGCGCCCUCUGGCGAAGAAUCGAUGGGAAGUGAUGCCGAAACGCUGGAAGACGUUGGUAGUGCGAGUUCUGCAUCGCAAUCAUCCUCCAGUCAGCAGCAGCAGCUAUCGGAUGAGACGGACAGGAGCGAGGAUACAACGGAAGUGGCCGAAACCAUCGUGAACACGGCCGCACCUGCAAUCAAUGAAAUUACGACACCCGCUCCGACCGCUGCUCCCGCCCGUUCGGUUGUAGCAGAAGGAUCUGAAGGGGAGAGUGUGAGCAGCAGUGGUGCCAGCGAAUCGGCCGGAUCGUCCGAGCCACGUGUCCCGUCGGUCGAGUCGGAUCAAAGUUCAGUGCCCGAACAGCAGCAAAGCUCGGAACAGUCCGGGCAGCAGCAGGGAACCUUUGAACAGGACUCGCUUGCUGAAGAGAUUAACUCCCAGCUUAGGGGCGAUGGGGAUGAUAAUGAUGAUGAGGUCGCCGUCACUACGACCGUGGUACCGCCGCUUGCCCCAGAGGUCGAAACGAUCAGCCCGGCAAGCCCGGCGAAUCGCUCCGACGAUGGCAGUGCACCGGCCGCAAUGGUGUCCGACGGUGCUGGCGAACGGAUCGAGUUAAGUAGGUACACGGCACCAUCCAACAGCUCACCGAACGGUACGGCACUGCUCAAGGAAAACUCGGCCGUUGAAAUCGACUCGUCCAAUGACGACGAGGAGGAUCGUCUCACCACGGAAGCUGCUUUACCGGUGACCACCCUGUCAGCGCUAGAUGUUGCAACGGACGACGCAUCCCGCGCAAGCGAAAGCGUGGAAAGAAACAGUUCACUGUCGGUGGAAAGGACGCAGAUCGAAACGAACACGUACGAGGAGAGUUCGAAUGAGGUGGAACGCAACCAGACGCUGCCGGCUCGUGCCAAGAAGGGCAAAUUCUUGGACCAGUUCAACGAGGAAACAACGGAGGACAAUGACAUUAAUCUGCCGAACGGGGCCGCAUGGGCGCUUGCCGGGAUGCGUAUGGUGGAACGAAAGCAAUCGGACGUUGGGCAGGUAGUGAGCGAGAGCACGGAAACGGUGCGGGAUGACAGCGAGAACGUAGUAGGAAACAAUACCCUGAAGCAGCUGAUGGAUUGGGCCAUCAUAAUGAAGGAGGCAGACUUUGCCAACAGUUCGUUCGUACGCUCUACCGUAUCGUCUGACGAGCCUGCCGGUGCAAAGGAUAGACGCACGUACGCGAACAAGGUUCCGGCCGUUGAGAAUGGAGCGGACGUGCUGAGCGAGGAGAAUCGGUUGACCGCGAUCGUUACAGAAGCCGCACCAACGAAACCGGCUGCAGAGGGUGAGAGUGUGGCGGCCGAGACGGAGGAUGGCAAUGUAGUCGACACGACGUUUGUCCCCUUAACGGAGAGUCCCGAUCGCAGAGGACAAGAGUUGGAAGAUUUCAAAUUUGAAGAUCGCUCCACCAGCAGCACCACGAUGGCGAAUGAGGUGGCGGGUAUUAGCGAGAGUGUAAACGCUAUGCCAACCACCACGAGACGCACCUAUGAGGUUAGCGAGAAUGUGGACGAAAGUGAGGUGUCUCAGGGUGUGCGCAAUACCCCAGAGAUUCGAACCACCACAACGACGACGACGAGCGCGGCCCAACGAUCGGACGUCAGCACGGCGUUCGGCAUGUUUGAGGACGUUCCGGUAACGACCUACUCGCCGGCGGCACCGAUCCUAAGACGCACUGAGCAAACGACACCUCCGAUUCCGCUCACCACCAUGAUCACGCGUCUCGCAAGCACGAUGCCGGUAAGACGUCCCACUACCAUGCAGCCAGACUUUGCCGCCAUUACCACCACCGAUUUACCGGUGCGCGAGUACGCCAGCACGGACAUGGGUGGCGGCGUCACAUUCACUACCACGGUAGCGAGUAGCGAAGCACCGAUCGUGCAUGAUACUGCCGACUCGAAACCACUGGACAGGCAGGAUUCCACGGAAUCCUCGGAGGUGAACCAGAAUCUGCUGAACCGCACCGACGAUAAGCUCAUGGUGGCAACAUCGACGGUUGCAAGUGUUACCACCGUUGUACCGAACCUAUCCAGCGCUACGCUAACGAACAACGUCGAGUUUGAUGACGCUUCCGCUGGCGAGAGCUUGAUUGGACAGUCUAGCGUCACUACGGAACGGUCGGACCCACCGCAGAUGACUACCGACGAGUCGGCCGAUGAUGGCGGCAAGGUUCCGAUCGUGUUAGACGACAAGCAUGUGUACGAUACGAUUUCCACUACGGUCGCUGCUGCUACGACAACUGCGUCAACCAGCAGCCCAUCAUCGAUUACUACAACCGAGAGCAGUUCGGGAUCGGGACAGUCGGUUGGUGUGUCGGCGGAAGCGUACACAACACGUCGUACCAUCGAUCGUUCCAUGACGACGACGGAACUGUCCGAGGAGGAAUCGGUCACAGAGGAAGACUACAUCGAGCUGAACAAUGUACCGGCCACUGGUGGUAGUGGUGGAGCGUCGCAGGGUGACGGACAGAACCAGACAGACCUGUCCGGACAACAGCAGGGAGUCGCACCUAAGCAGGGCAUUAACGGUACGACGGAACAAUCGCAGGGUGAGCCGGCAGCAGAGGAGGACAGCAGUGUGGUGGUAGCCGUUGUAGCCAGCAUUGUGAGCGUGAUCGUGGUGCUACUACUGAUUGCGGCCUUCAUGUACUAUCCGCCGUUGCAGAUCGUGUUCCGCAAGCGACAGAAUCAGGUCUCGUACGGACAACGCUGCCGGCCGGUCGGUCUCGACGCUUAUAGCCUGGACAAUGUGUCCGUGUACAACAGCGUGCGACGCAAGGGCAACACGGCCCGCAUGUCCAAACGAUCGUACGGUAACUCGGCGUUUGAGGAUCCCAACUUUAAAACCAACCCGCUGACGGUGGCCGAGUUGGCCAACAUCAUCCACAACAAGACGGCCAUUUACGACGAGUUCAAGGAGAUCCCGAACGUGACUGCCCGUGCCGAUGAGGUGCCGGAAGGAUGCGAGGAUAAGAAUCGGUACGCAAACGUAGUUCCACUGCCGGAAACACGUGUUCAUCUGAAGCGCAUGAAUGACGAUGAAAAGACGGAGUACAUCAAUGCCAACUUUGUGAAGGGUCCCAAAGAUUCUGCCAACUAUUACAUUGCCUGUCAAGCUCCGAUGGAGAACACGAUCAACGACUUCUGGCGCAUGGUGUGGGAGCAAAACUCGAAAGUGAUCAUCAUGGCAACGGAUCUUAGCGAAAACGGUGUGGAGAAGUGUGCCGAGUAUUUGCCACCAUCGGUUGUACUGGACAACAGCCGUACGUUUGGAGAUUUCCAGCUAACGUUGAAAAACCGUGAAAAUAAGGAGAAGUACACAAUCUCAACGGUGCACAUGCGCCACACGCCCAGCAACAAUCUGCGCGAGAUCAUGCACUUCUGGUAUCAGUGGCCCGACACGGGCGUCCCGAUCGACGAGUCUUCCAUCAUCGGCAUGCUGCUGGAGGCGCGCACCCACCUGAAGCUGUCUCCCUCGGAGCUGGCCGAGUUUGCCACGAUCGCGGAGGAGUCGGAGGAACAGCCAUCGGAACAGCCGAGUGCCGGCAAUGGAACUGAUAACUCUAGCAAUAAUAAUAACAACAAUAAUAACAAUAAUGCCACCAGCAAUGGGACGCCGGCCGGUGCGGGCAAGGAACCGACCAGUAUCGUCAGCAACGGUGGCACCAUGGACAAGCACAAGUCACUGCAGCGAACUCAGGGACCACUUACCGUGCACUGUUCGCCGGGAACGGGACGUACUGGAACGCUGGUGGCGUGUGACAUUGCGCUGCGUCUGCUAGAGGUGCCACCGCGCACGGUGGAUCUGCCACAGAUUGUGUACUACGUACGACGCGGCCGGGCCAGUGCCGUCCGGACACGGGAACAGUAUGAACUGAUCUACCGGGUAUCGAACGUGUACGCGACCAAGUUAACAGGCCCGACCAUAGAAACAUAGGAAAGACUCAUUUAAAAUCAAGUAUUGUGAGUAUGUUCGACACACCUCGGAUGGAGCGGAUCUCCAUCGUUCGGUCCUCGAUCCUCCAACGACUCGAUCGACUCGAUUGCGACGGGGGAGCGAGACAGAGCAAAAGCACAGCCGUAAAAAACACAUACACACACAUACAACCGUUCCGAUAGCGGCUACUGGCUACCGGGAAUAGAGGAGCAUCGUCCAUCGUCCUCCAGUGCAUCAAACACCAAGGAUUCUUCUUUCGACCUAUGUUCCUUUCAGGGCUCCCAUCUGUCGAUCGUG